CCCCGAUGCGCCUGUUUUCCUUCACGGCAUCAGAGAAAAGGAAAAGGCUUCCCUCAUUCCAGUCCGUCCUCUCUACUCCUUUCGUGUCAACCAAGCCGCCCUUAAUAUAUUUCAGCUGCAACUUUCAUCUACACUCGGCUUCCCAUUCGCAGUUGUUUGUGCCUUGCAGCGACUAGAUUUUUUACAUCAAGCAGAUUGUCUAGAUCUAGAAUUUUUAGGGUUUCUUUCUGCUCCCAUCUCUGCUGCCUUUGUGAAAUACGAUGACUCCAGAACCCAACGGCGCCAGCGGCAGUGGGACCACCAGGGAGGAGGCGACGGUGAAGGUCCCGGCCAAGGACCCCAAGAAGAAAGAUGAAAAGAAGGACGAUGAUCUGUCGGAUGAGGAUUUGGCAUUGAAGCAGCAAUUGGAAUUAUAUGUUGAAAGGGUUCAGGAUGCUGAUCCCGGGUUGCAGAAGGCUGCCCUUGAGAGUAUGAGGCAAGAGAUUCGGACCUCUACCAGCUCCAUGACAUCAGUCCCAAAGCCUUUGAAAUUUCUCCGGCCACAUUACGGAACACUGAAAGCAUAUUAUGAGACUAUGGGUGAUUCAGAUUUGAAGAAAUACUUGGCUGAUAUCCUCUCUGUCUUGGCCCUGACCAUGUCCGCUGAGGGUGAACGGGAGAGCUUGAAGUAUAGAUUGCUGGGUUCCGAGGGUGAUAUUGGUUCAUGGGGCCAUGAAUAUGUCAGGAAUUUGGCGGGAGAAAUUGCACAAGAAUAUGCAAAGCGACAGAGUGAAGAAGCUGGAAUUGAUGAUCUGAUGGAGCUUGUACAGCAAAUUGUUGCUUUCCAUAUGAAGCACAAUGCUGAACCUGAAGCAGUGGACCUUUUGAUGGAGGUGGAAGACCUCGAUCUUUUGAUUGAGCAUGUGGACAAUACUAACUUUAAGAGAACCUGUCUCUACCUCACCAGUGCUGCAAAAUACCUUCCCGGUCCUGAUGAUUUGUUAGUCUUGGAUAUUGCAUAUAUGAUAGACAUAAAGUUUGAGGAGUAUGCAAACGCACUUCAAAUUGCCUUGUACCUUGACAACCUACAGUAUGUGAAGCAGGUUUUCACUGCCUGUGAUGAUGUCCUACGGAAGAAGCAAUUCUGUUAUAUCCUCGGCCGGCAGGGCAUAACUUUUGAGCUGGAUGAAGAGAUGUGUGCUGAUGAUGAGGAAAGAUAUGCAAUGCAAGACAUCAUUAACAAUGCAAAGUUGAGUGAAGGUUAUCUUGCACUUGCACGUGAUAUUGAAGUCAUGGAGGCGAAAUCUCCUGAAGAUAUAUAUAAGGCACAUUUACUUGAUGGCCGGGCUAGUGCUGGAGCUAGUGUUGAUUCUGCACGACAAAAUUUGGCUGCUACAUUUGUCAACGCAUUUGUAAACGCAGGCUUUGGUCAGGACAAGUUGAUGACUGUUCCAUCUGACGCCGCAACUGGGGGUUCCUCUGGAAAUUGGCUUUUCAAGAAUAAAGAGCAUGGGAAGGCUAGUGCUGCAGCAAGUCUGGGCAUGAUUUUGUUGUGGGAUGUUGAUUCUGGCCUUGCUCAAAUCGACAAGUAUUUCCAUAGCAAUGAUAACUAUGUGAUUGCUGGUGCUCUAUUGGGAGUUGGAAUCGUCAACUGUAGCGUGAAAAAUGAUUGUGAUCCCGCUUUGGCUCUUUUGGCUGAUUAUGUAGAUAAGGAAGAUCCUUUUAUUCGAAUCGGUGCCAUUAUGGGCUUGGGAGUUGCAUAUGCUGGAGCUCAAAAUGAGCAGAUACGUGGGAAACUGAUGCCCAUACUUAGCGAUUCCAAAACUCCACUCGACGUAGUAGCUUUCACUGCAAUUUCUUUGGGGUUGAUAUAUGUUGGUUCCUGCAAUGAAGAGGUUGCACAAGCUAUAAUAUUUGCUUUGAUGGACAGAAGUGAGGCAGAGUUGCAGGAUCCUCUUACAAAAUUUUUGCCACUUGGUCUUGGUCUGUUAUACCUUGGGAAGCAGGAAAGUGUAGAAGCUACAGCUGAGGUCUCAAAGACAUUUAACGAGAAGAUCAGAAAGUAUUGUGAUAUGACCCUACUUUCUUGUGCCUAUGCCGGGACAGGGAAUGUUCUGAAGGUUCAAAACCUCCUUGGGAAUUGUGCUCAGCAUUUGGAGAAGGGUGAAAACUACCAGGGACCUGCGGUGCUUGGAAUAGCAAUGGUGUCUAUGGCUGAGGAAUUGGGACUUGACAUGGCAAUUCGAACUUUGGAGCAUCUUUUGCAAUAUGGGGAACAGAACAUCCGGCGGUCAGUUCCUUUGGCUCUUGCCCUUCUAUGCAUAUCGAAUCCAAAGGUCAAUGUGAUGGAUACGCUAAGCAGACUUAGUCAUGACACGGAUUCAGAAGUUGCAUCAGCUGCAAUUAUUUCCCUUGGGCUGAUAGGUGCCGGGACGAAUAAUGCACGAAUUGCUGGCAUGCUUCGCAAUCUUUCGAGUUAUUAUUACAAAGAUGCCACCCUUCUUUUCUGUGUAAGACUUGCUCAAGGCCUUGUGCACUUAGGCAAGGGUUUGUUGACUCUUAAUCCGUAUCACUCUGAUCGGUUCUUGCUAUCACCUGUGGCGCUUGCAGGUUUAGUUACCUUUUUGCAUGCUUGUCUUGAAAUGAAGGCCAUGGUACUGGGGAGAUAUCACAUCGUCCUCUACUUCCUCGUCUUAGCAAUGCAGUCAAGAAUGUUGAUGACGGUGGAUGAGAAUUUGAAGCCUCUGUCCGUGCCUGUACGGGUCGGACAGGCUGUAGAUGUGGUUGGCCAAGCUGGUCGACCCAAAACCAUAACAGGUUUCCAGACCCAUUCAACGCCGGUUCUAUUGGCUGCUGGCGACAGAGCUGAGCUAGCGACGGAGAAGUACAUUCCACUGUCGCCAAUUUUGGAAGGAUUUGUGAUCCUGAAGGAGAACCCGGAUUACCAAGAGGAGAGUUAAAGCUAGACAUUUUGAGGGUUCGUGCACACUGUUUGGUUUGAGUGUUUUCUUAUGCUACAUUACAUGAGUAAAGAGUAUCAAUGUCCGAAGUAUUUUCAAUUAGAACGUGGAAUUGGAAUGUGGAAUGAGUACUGAUCCUAACAUUGAAAUUUUAGAUUGUGAUACUAACCUUUCGUCUUCUUAAGCUGACAUUUCUGAUAGGAAUGGCAAUGGGUAGGUCCG